AGGACUUUUUUUGUGUCAUGGCUUCAGGAACAUAACAGAAUAGCAUCUUGCUGUGUUGAUUUGAAAAAAAUACAAGAUUACACACGGAUAUAGAAUUGCAAUUUAUUCUGUUGAGUGAGAAAAAUAAGUAACGGGAAAAGGUAAAAUGAGAAUUAAUGGGAGUCAUCGGAACAGUAGCACAUUACUGAUCCCUCAGGAGCUCACUUUGGAUCGACCUCCCUGGGUAGCCACCACUUUGGGCAGCUUUUUGAUCUUUACAAUUGUGGUAGAUAUUCUGGGCAAUCUUUUAGUCAUUUUUUCAGUUUACAAGAACAAGAAAUUAAGGAAUGCAGGAAACCUAUUUGUUGUUAGCCUGGCUGUAGCAGACCUUCUGGUGGCAAUCUAUCCUUAUCCUUUAGUCCUUACGUCAAUUUUUCACAAUGGCUGGAAUCUCGGAUAUAUGCACUGCCAAAUCAGUGGAUUUCUAAUGGGACUCAGCGUAAUUGGCUCUAUCUUUAACAUAACAGGUAUUGCAAUAAACCGUUACUGCUACAUCUGUCACAGUCUAAAGUAUGAUAAGUUAUAUAGUGACAAAAACUCGCUCUGCUGUGUUAUUCUGAUUUGGGUUCUGACCGUCAUUGCCAUUGUGCCCAAUUUGUUUGUGGGAUCGCUGCAGUAUGACCCCAGAGUGUACUCUUGCACAUUUGUGCAGUCAGUCAACUCAGCCUAUACUAUUGCUGUGGUUUUCUUCCACUUCUUACUCCCCAUAAUGAUUGUCACCUACUGCUAUUUGAGAAUAUGGAUUUUGGUUAUCCAAGUGCGAAGACGGGUGAAGCCUGACACCAGACCCAAGCUGACUCCCCAUGACGUUAGGAAUUUCAUCACCAUGUUUGUGGUGUUUGUCCUUUUUGCAGUUUGCUGGGCGCCGUUAAAUUUCAUAGGCCUUGCAGUUGCACUAAUUCCAGAGACUGUGAUACCCAGAAUUCCAGAGUGGCUUUUUGUUGCCAGUUAUUUCAUGGCCUACUUCAACAGCUGCCUUAAUGCUAUUGUCUAUGGACUUUUGAACCAGAAUUUCAGAAGAGAGUACAAAAGAAUAAUUGUCUCAGUGUGCACGGCAAGGAUUUUCUUUCUGGAUAGUUCCAAUGAUGCAGCUGAAAGAGUCAAAAGUAAGCAAUCUCCUGUAAUGACCAACAACAAUGAAGUGAAGGUGGAUUCAGUCUGAGCAAUAAUAAAAGGGAUCAUUGUGAAGAAA